UUCUACCUGCAGCAUCAGAACCUUGUAUCCACAUGAUACUGGUCUGUACUGGUGUGAGUCCAUGUCUGGAUCCUCCAGCAGCAGCAGCAGCAUCCAGCUCUCUGUCUCUGGUGGAUCAGUGAUCCUGCAGAGUCCUGUCCUCCCUGUGAUGGAGGGAGAUGACGUCACUCUGAGCUGCAGAGCAAAGAAUCCAACCCACAACCUCCCAGCUGCUUUCUAUAAAGAUGGCUCCUUCAUUGGUGAUGGACCAUCAGGUCACAUGACCCUCCUCCAUGUUUCCAGCUCUGAUGAAGGCCUCUAUAAAUGUAAUGUCAAAGGUCAUGGAGAGUCUCCAUCCAGCAGGAUCUCUGUCAAAGAGAAACCAUCAACCAGUUCUGGUCCUCCAUCCUCUCCAUCCUCUCCACCUUCCUCCCAGUCUGGUCUCUUCAUC